AACCAAUAGCGUGUUAAAAUUAAGACGGACGUCCCGCCCAUCCGCAUGAAGCAGGCAAACAUGGCAGCGCUCAACAGCGGCAACUUGGACAUCUCAGCGUCUCUCGCUGGCAUUUUGAAUGAAAAACACUGCCCUGAGCACUUGCAAGUUUUAAAAACAUUUACGGCUGCGUUACGGGACAGGGAAUACAGGGAUGCCGUGGAGGAGCAGGCUUUCUCCCGUCUUUUGAAGGUCCUGACCAGGCUCAGUAGUGAGCUGCAGGCUGCCAACGGAGACGACGCGGACAUGCAGUCUGUCGCCCUGCAGCUGCAGUUGAUUGCUGAGUGCUUUAGGGCCCAGAGGAACUCUUGCGUCCAGAGCACACGCAACCAGAGUCUGCUCAGGGAGCUUGGUUUCAUUGAUGUAUCCCUUAAACUCCUGAGCUUCCUUCAAACCACAAAUUUGGAGAGCAGAGACGGCAUAUUUGAACCGCUCCGUUGUGGGAUCCAGUUCCUCGGUAACUUAGCUGUCGAAAACCAAGUGUGUAAAGAUGAUAUUUGGCAGCUGAGUUUCCCAAAUCUUCUCCUGCAGCUGCUCAAUGCUGAUGAUGAGAAGACAGUGAACUACGCCUCUAUGCUACUCCACACAUGUCUGGAUGAAGCCAAAGUGGAAGAACUGUCUGAGCCGCAGAACAUCCAGCUGGCACUCAGGGUGCUGGAGCUCUGUAGGACUCAACCUGAACUGGACUGGACGGUACUCAUUGCAACCCAGCAUUUCCUUAAGUCUUCAGCUCUGGUGGAGAGCAUGUACUCAGGGAUGUCUCACCAUGAAAGAAUUACGCUGCUAGAGGUGCUCUUUGCCGAGCUAAGAGAGGAGGACUCAGAGGAGUGUGGCAUUCCACCCAGCGUGGCCAGUUUUCUGGCUAGUUCCUUCCAGAAAGAUUGUGGCGCUGUGCUGACACUUGCUACUGGUUCUGCUUCCAAUGAUGAGGUCCUGCAGGAGGCAUUGAUGGUGAUUAGUCUGCUGGACGUUCUGUGUGAAAUGACCUCAGACCACAGGCAGUUCAUGUUCCUACAGGACCACCCUGACCUUCUAGUGACUACUGUUGCUUUGUUUGUUUUUCUACUUUUCACCCUUUACAUUCUCCCUACAGAGCUCCUGGAGCAGGUGCAUGCCAUAGGGAAGGCCAGUAAAAAUAUUUUCAGUGCUGCUCAGAACUUCUCCUCCUUCAGUGGAGAUGGAGACUCUUCCUCCCAUUCUCCUGUCAUCAGCUUCAAGGCUCACCUCAUCCGGCUGAUAGGAAACCUCUGUCACAGCAAUACUAACAACCAGAAGAAGGUGAGAGAACUGCAAGGCAUCCCCCUCAUCUUGGACAACUGCAACAUAGACAGCAACAACCCAUUCAUCAGCCAGUGGGCAAUCUUCACCAUCAGGAACCUUCUAGAACACAACACGCAGAACCAGGAGGUGGUCGCCGACCUAGAACGCCGUGGCCCCGUUGACUACUCUGCUCUCAGGGAGCUUGGUUUCCUGGUGGAGGAGCGAGAUGGAAGCUUGCUGCUCAAACCUGUGAAGAAAGACUAAUAAAACCUUGGAGAGGCAGAUAGGAAAGGAGACAACCCAUAAGCAGAUCUUCAUGUGAAGUAAUUGUUUCGAAAGGAAUAAAGUACAUGUGCAUACA